CUUUGUUUCUCUCAAUACAUUUCACCCAUUUCACCUUUCCAUCUCAAAAGUUGACAAACUAUAACCCACAAUCUAGGAUUUCCUCAUUUUCCACCUUCAGUUUACCUUUCCCUAAUUCGAGGAACAGGUAGACAACAGUGAUACUAUAGGAUUGCGCGCAAAUUAAACUUCUUCGACGAGAUCGGAAACCUGGGUCUUCCAAAUUUUCGAAGAUAUUUGGGGUUUAGUUGAACCCGCUGAAACCCCUCUUCGAUACUCCACACUGAAUAGGAUGAGUAGCUUGGUUGAGAGGCUUCGUGUAAGGUCAGAGAGAAGACCUCUGUACAACUUAGAUGCAUCAGAUGAUGAAGCAGAUAUUAAGAAUGCAAAAUCUGGUCUUUCUUCAGAAAAACCUGAGAGGAUUGUCAGAGAAGAUACGAAAGAUGAUUCAUGCCAAUCAUGCGGAGGAAGUGGAGAUCUGCUCGAGUGUGAAACUUGUACUUAUCGUUAUCAUCCAAAGUGCUUAGUGCCGCCAGUGAAAGAACCCUUCCCUGCUGGUUGGAACUGUCCUGAAUGUGUUAGCCCUCUUAAUGAGAUUGAGAAAAUUCUAGAUUAUGAAUCGCGGCCUACUGCAGCUGAGGAUGGUGAUGCCUCCUUGCUGGGUUCAAAGCAAAUGUUUGUGAAGCAAUAUCUUGUAAAGUGGAAGGGUCGUUCCUACCUGCAUUGCACAUGGGUGCCUGAGAAAGAGUUUAUAAAAGCAUAUAGAACCCUUCCUCGUCUCAAGACCAAAGUCAAUAAUUUCCAUCGGCAACAAUCAUCAGUUAACAACUCCGAAGAUGAUUAUGUUGCUAUUCGAGCAGAAUGGACAACUAUUGAUCGGAUCCUUGCUUGCAGAGGAGACGAUGAAAAGGAGUAUCUUGUGAAGUGGAAAGAACUACAAUAUGAUGAGUGUUCUUGGGAACUUGAGUCGGAUAUAUCUACUUUUCAGCCUGAAAUAGAAAGAUUUAAGAGAAUACAAUCUAGGCGUCGUAGACAUUCUAAUAAGCUGAAAAAUAUCCAACGUGAUGCAACAGAAUCCCAUAAGAAAUUGAAAGAAUUUCAGCAAUAUGAACAGAGUCCUGAAUUUCUAUCUGGAGGCUCACUGCAUCCUUAUCAGCUCGAAGGGCUGAACUUUUUGCGCUUUUCGUGGUCCAAACAGACGCAUGUGAUACUUGCUGAUGAAAUGGGUCUUGGCAAGACUAUUCAGAGCAUCGCUUUCUUGGGAUCUCUUUUUGAAGAAGGAGUUUAUCCCCAUUUAGUGGUGGCACCAUUGUCAACGCUGCGCAAUUGGGAACGUGAAUUUGCACUUUGGGCACCACAAAUGAAUGUUAUUAUGUAUGUUGGUUCUUCACAAGCUCGCAGUGUUAUACGUGAAUAUGAAUUUUACUAUCCUAAAAAAACUGUCUCUUCAAAGCUCAAGAAAAAGAAAUCAGGUCAGAUCUCCAGUGAAAGCAAACAGGACAGGAUUAAAUUUGAUGUCCUCCUCACCUCAUAUGAAAUGAUCAACCUAGAUUCUGCAUCUUUGAAGCCAAUUAAAUGGGAGUGUAUGAUUGUGGAUGAGGGUCACCGCCUCAAAAACAAGGAUUCGAAACUAUUUCUUAUGUUGAAGCAGUAUCAUAGUUUGCAUCGUGUGCUUUUAACUGGAACACCUCUUCAGAACAACCUCGAUGAGCUUUUCAUGCUGAUGCACUUUCUUGAUGCUGGCAAGUUUGGAAGCUUGGAGGAGUUCCAGGAAGAGUUUAGAGAUAUCAACCAGGAGGAGCAGAUUUCUCGGCUUCACAAGAUGUUGGCUCCUCACCUUCUUAGAAGGGUGAAGAAAGAUGUGCUGAAGGAGAUGCCACCUAAGAAAGAACUCAUUUUACGUGUUGAACUAAGUAGUAAGCAAAAGGAAUACUAUAAGGCAAUUUUGACUCGUAACUAUGAGCUUCUGACUCGUAAGGGUGGUGGGCAGAUUUCUCUAAUCAAUGUGGUUAUGGAACUGCGGAAGUUAUGUUGUCAUCCUUACAUGUUGGAGGGUGUUGAGCCAGUUAUACCAGAUUCAAAUGAGGCGUUCAAACAGCUUCUUGAAUCUUCUGGAAAGCUGCAGUUACUGAACAAAAUGAUGGUGAAGCUCAAGGAUCAAGGGCAUAGAGUUCUCAUAUAUUCUCAAUUUCAAAACAUGCUGGACAUACUUGAAGAUUACUUGACUUACAAGAAAUGGCAAUAUGAACGUAUUGAUGGCAAGGUCAGCGGAGCUGAGAGACAAAUUCGCAUAGAUAGAUUCAAUGCCAAGAACUCUUCCAGAUUUUGCUUUUUGCUAUCCACAAGAGCGGGAGGUCUAGGGAUAAACCUUGCAACGGCUGAUACAGUUAUCAUCUAUGACAGUGAUUGGAAUCCACAUGCUGAUUUGCAGGCAAUGGCCAGAGCUCACCGUCUGGGGCAAACUAAUAAGGUCAUGAUUUACAGACUUGUAACAAGAGGAUCAAUUGAAGAAAGAAUGAUGCAGAUGACUAAGAAGAAGAUGGUAUUGGAGCAUCUAGUUGUUGGGAAGUUGAAGACUCAAAAUAUCAAUCAGGAAGAGCUAGAUGACAUCAUACGAUAUGGCUCAAAGGAGCUUUUUGUUGAUGAAACUGAAGAGGCAAAAGCCCGCCAGAUUCACUAUGAUGAUGCUGCAAUAGAUAGAUUACUUGAUCGUGAGCGUGCUGGAGAUGAGGAGACUACCUUAGAUGAAGUGGAUGACAAUGGUUUCCUAAAAGCAUUUAAGGUGGCUAAUUUUAAGUACAUAGAUGAAGCUGAAGCUGCAGCAAAGGAAGCGGCACAGAAGGCUGCUGCUGCUGAGAACAAAAACACUGUGAAUAAUUUGGAGAGGAGCACUUAUUGGGAGGAUUUACUAAAAGAUAAAUAUGAGGUCCACAAAGUAGAGGAGUUUAACUCUCUGGGAAAAGGAAAAAGAAGUCGUAAGCAGAUGGUUUCUGUUGAAGAUGAUGACUUGGCUGGUUUAGAAGAUGUCAGUUCUGAUGGUGAAGAUGACAAUUAUGAGGCUGAGUUAACUGAUAGUGAGACAACAUCAUCUGGAGCACCUUCUGGCCGAAGGCCUUAUAAGAAGAGAGCUCGAGUUGAUGGUGUGGAUCCUUUUCCUCUGAUGGAAGGUGAAGGGAAAUCGUUUAGAGUUCUGGGUUUUAAUCAAAGCCAGAGAGCCGUCUUUGUGCAAGUUUUGAUGAGAUUUGGUGUUGGUGAGUUCGACUGGGCAGAGUUUGUGCCACGGCUAAAGCAGAAGACUUACGAAGAAAUCAAAGAAUAUGGGACACUCUUUUUGUCUCAUCUUGCUGAGGAAAUCACUGAUUCACCUAACUUUUCAGAUGGUGUGCCAAAGGAAGGACUUAGAGUUCAAGAUGUUCUUGUCAGAAUCGCGGUCUUGCUCUUGAUUAGGGACAAGGUGAAAUCUGCAACAGGUUGCCCAGAUGAUGCUCUCUUUGCAGAUGAUAUACUCAUGCGUUAUCCAACUUUAAAGGGUGCAAGGGUCUGGAAGAGAGAGCAUGACCUAAUACUAUUGCGAGCAGUGUUGAAGCAUGGGUAUGGAAGAUGGCAAGCUAUUCUUGAUGACAAAGAGUUAAGAAUUCAGGAAGUUAUUUGUCAGGAGUUGAAUCUUCAAGUGAUAAAUCUUGCAAGCCUUGGAGUUGGAGGUAGUCAGGCUCAAACACAAAUGGCUAAUUUAGAACCUUCUGGUGACUCGACAAAGGGCACUGUAAGUCAGAAUGGUUCAGCUGCUGAGCCAACAGCAGGGGGCACAGAUGCUACCACUUUAUUGUAUCAGUUCAGAGAAAUGCAGAGAAGACAAGUUGAAUUCAUUAAGAAAAGAGUUCUGCUAUUGGAGAAGGGCCUAAAUGCAGAAUACCAGAAAGAGUACUUUGGUGAUGGGAAGUCUAAUGGUGUUUGUGCGGGAGAAUCUGACAGCGCAAACAAAGCGGCGGACACAGCAACUGUUGACCUUGUUGCUGGACUUGCCGACAAGCUUCCUCGUAUAGAAGUGCUCGCUGUAGAAGAAGCAUCUUCUGCUAGUUACGAUACUGAUCCUAGGCGUCAGCAGAUGGCUCAACAUUAUAACCAGAUGUGCAAGGUAUUGGCUGAAAACGAAAAAGAGUCCAUUAAAGCUUGUGUUACGAAUGAGGCUGGUCCAAAUAUGAGCAAAACACUUCACCAUCUAGAAGAUCUUCAUGGAAAGGUGAACCAGAUUUUUGCCGCACCUCAAAAUGAUACUCUCCAUGAACCUGCAUCAAAAGAUCAACCACAGCAUAAUGAAUCUCAGAGCAAUGCUCAAAGAUCAGGUCAGCCAUCUAAUUCUAGCCCAUAUUUUACGGCAGAUAAAGUAGACGUUCAAGUGACACAGGAGAAUCUCCAAACGGAAAGUAAAUCCAGUACCUUAGCUGGCCAAGCUGCCGAAGAUGUGGAGAUGGUCGAAGCAGUGGUUGGUGCAAAUGCAAAGACAGAUUGACAGAUUGGAGCUGAUGGAUCCAUGCCAAAAGGAGAAGGGAAAUAGGGUUUAGUUUUAGGCUAAGAAUUAAGCUCAUUGUGCAUCUCAUAUUCUCAUUCCUCCUCAAUUGCAGUGUACUGAAUAAACUCAGCAUCUCCUUAAACCACAGGUUUAGUUUGUUAAUCAAAGGUUAUUUUAACAAUGUAAAUGGAACCGAGAAACUAUUAUGUGAUUUCUGCCUUUUGGGUUCCCUA